GGGUGCGCGAGGGUGUUGUGCUGUGCGUGUGUCAGUGUGUGUGUGCCCCCCAUGGCGAGCACCAUGGCGUCGGCGUGCACGUGCUGCUGCCUGCUCGUCGCGCUGACAGCGGCCUCGGCCACCUCGACGACAACGUCGUCGCCGCCGCCGCCGCCCAGCACGGUGCGCCCCGCCUCCACGCUGGUCGAGGCGAUGGACGGCGUGUCCGUGACCGUGGACGCGGACGGCGCCACGCCCGUGGGCACGGGGCUCAAGGUGCUGCUCAAGCUCUACGACGACUGCGCGCGGCGCGACGGGCUGGUGCAGUGCGUCAAGGUGAAGGCCGCCACUCUGCUGGACCGGGUCGCGCGCGCCGGCGACCUGCCCAUCACCGAGACCCUCGUCCUGGUGCGGCGCGGUGACGCGCACCGCAGCCAGGGCGGGCGCGCGCUCAGCGAGGCCGAGGUGGAGGCCGCGCUGCCGCCCGGGGACUCGUACGCCGCCAAGGACGCGCGCCUCAACGAGCUGCUCUGGGAGCGGCUCGCCAGGGUCCUCAGCUCGCACACCGUCCAGCUCAGCUUCCCCAAGGUGUCGGCGUCCGAGAUGAGGGGCAUCAGCAGCGGAGGCACAGGUCGCGGCAAGAUGAAGAGCAUGAUGAAGAUGAUGAUGAUGGGAGCAGCCAUGGGCAUGAUGGGGAUGCUGCCCAUCAUGAUGGGCGGGGUGUCCAUGAUGGCGCUCAAGGCCCUGGUCGUGUCCAAGCUGGCGCUCGUCCUCGCCAUCAUCAUGAUCCUGAAGAAGCUGCUCGGUGGCGGCGGGGUGUACAAUGAUCACGACAAUCAAUGCCUGUGA